AUGGCUGAAUGGCAACAAUUUAUUCAAUCUGUUUUCUUUGGCGUAAUCUUCUCCUUUCUGCUUGCGAAGCUCUUCGCUGUAAUUUUCGCUUUCCGAGAAGAAAAUCUCCGGGUCGUCCGUGGCGAUCCGACCGAAGAAUCCCAAUCGAAACCCUCAGCCGCCGCGAUCGAACGGGAAAUUUCAGAAUCAGAUUCUAGGGAGAGCGGCUCAGUUAUUACUCCUGGUGGGGACGAUACUUAUACUAGUGGUAGUGAUAGUGAUAGUGAUUGGGAGGGCGUUGAGAGUACCGAAUUGGAUGAGGCUUUUAGUGCGGCAACCGCGUUUGUGGCCGCAACCGCUGCGGAUAGGUCAUCACAGAAAGUCUCGAAUGAUGUGCAGCUGCAGCUCUACGGCCUGUAUAAGAUUGCCACUGAGGGACCCUGCAGCACCCCUCAGCCGUCGCCUCUCAAGAUGACUGCCCGUGCCAAGUGGCAAGCAUGGCAGAAAUUGGGUGCUAUGCCCCCUGAAGAAGCAAUGCAGAAGUACAUUGAGAUUGUUACUGAAUUGUAUCCUUCUUGGAUUACCAAUACAGCUACUAAGAAGCAAGGUAAAGAGUCUAGUGGUGCGUCAAGUGCAGGAUCCAGAGGACCGAUGGGACCUGUUUUCAGUACUUUUACUUAUGAGGAUGAACCUGGAAAUGACCUAAAAUUGGAUGCAAUACACGCUUUUGCAAGAGAAGGAGAUGCAGGGAAUUUACUUCAGUGCAUUGAAAAUGGUUUUCCAGUAAAUGCAAAGGAUAGUGAGGGUAGGGCGCCGUUACACUGGGCCGUGGAUCGUGGUCAUCUGAAUGUCACAGAAUUGCUUCUAAGCAAAGGUGCUGAUAUAAAUGCAAAGGACAAUGAUGGUCAAACAGCAUUACAUUAUGCUGCUGUAUGUGAAAGAGCAACUCUUGCAGAAUUCCUAGUGAAACAUAAAGCUGAUAUAGAAAUAAAGGACAAUGAUGGCAAUUCUCCUGCCGAUCUUUGUGAAUUGAACUGGCCUUGGAUGCAGCAAUCAGCUAGUGUGACUGACUGAGGAUUUUUCGGUGUUAUAUUCCACUGAUUGAAAUUUUAACAUUGUACAUGCUAUACAUAAUUAUUAGGUUUACCUCUUAAAAGGUCAUCUUUAACAUAUGCUAUGUCCAUUUGGAAGUUGCAUUCUUUUUUAUUUCUCAUUGGCUUUAGUUUGCAUUAUUUGAUUUGAUUUUAGCAUUUUGGCU